UGGGAUUGGAUGCUAUUGAUAUAGCGACAGGAUUGUCGAUUGAAGAACUGUCUUGUUUUCAUCAAUAACUUUGGGGAAUUUGUCAUUUCAGCAGCUGCCAUGAACGGGUCAGUGGCCAAAAAGACCCAAGACACUUUAGGGAGAGUUAUAAAGAAACCGCCGCUUACUGAAAAACUGCUCAGCAAACCGCCGUUUAGGUAUCUGCACGACAUAUUCAGUGAGGUGAUCCGGACCACUGGCUUCAUGAAGGGACUCUAUGCAGAGACUGAGAUGAAGUCAGACAAUGUCAAGGAUAAGGAUGCUAAGAUAGCGUUCCUGCAGAAGGCCCUAGAUGUGGUGAUGCUGGUGAACGGCGAGCCCCUCUCGGUCAAGCCAGCGCGCAUUGUAGCUGGCCAUGAGCCUGAGAGGACCAACGAGCUGCUACAGGCCAUCGCCAAGUGCUGCCUCAACAAGCUGUCCAGUGAGGAGGCGGUAAAGCGGGUGCUGGCCGGGGACAAGCUGGACCCCAAGGGGAAGGCCAGCUCCUCCCGGUCCCAGGACAAGGAAAACAGGGAAGGACGAGAGCGCCAACGAGACCAAGUGGAGAAGGCGAUCCGAGAGCACAGCGCCGGGGGUUGGGAGCAGAAGGACCCAGACCUGCCCAAAGAGCAAGAGGGCAGACUGGGCGACAAGGAAAAGGAGCGCCACCGCGAGAGAGAAAGGUCAAAAAAGAGCCGCGAUCGAGACCGUACCAAAGACCGUGGCAAGGACAAGAGCCGGGACAAAGACAAUGAAAGAGAGAAAGACCGAGAACGAGUCAAGGAGAGCGAGAGGGACAGAGACAGGGAAAAGAGCAAAGACAAGGAGUCGCACAGAGGGAGAGAUCGAGAGAGGGAUAAGGAGAAAGAUUUAGACCGGGAUAAACGGCGAGAGAAGGAGAGAGAGCUCAGACACAAACAGGGGGAGGAGAAAACCAAAGUGCCAGAGAAGGGUGACAAAAAGGCCAGAGUGUCAGAGGACACAAAACACAGACCACAUCAAGAGGAGCCCAGUAAAACUGCCAAACCUGAACCAGCGACAGCGGAAGUCACAUACAAACAGUCUGACAGUCCAGCCAGAAUACCUCGGCCUUCAUCUGCCAAGGGGCAGAGGCGCUGGCCCAAAGCAGGAGCCCAACAAGAAGAGUUUGACAGUGAAGAUGGAGACACUCCGUUGGCACAGAGGCCGGUUCCCCUGGAGAACGGAGAUGCCACAGACGCAGUGCCAGCCCACAUGGCCCACAGGAGGAUACCUCGGCCCAGCAGCGCCCGGCCCGCCCCUCCUCGGGUCAAGACGCAGGAGAGCUACACUGACGUGACCCCAGCUGAAAGGCUGACCAGUGCCAAGCCCCCGGCGGCCGUCAUCACGGAGGGGAAGAAGCUUUCUGAGGAUGAAGAUGAACAGUUUGUGGUGUUGGAGGCCGCCCCUCUUCCCCCCGACAUGCCCGAGAUGGAGCCAACAGUGGAUCUCCAAGGCGAUGAGAAUCAUGGUGGGCUGGUGAAAAAAAUCCUUGAAACCAAGAAAGACUUUGAAACAUCACCAUCAUCUCCAAAGCCCCAAGACCAGACCCAGAGCCUGGUGUCGGAGGUGUCCAGGAAGAAGGAGCGGGACCUGGUGUCUAGGGAGAUUGAGCGGCUGCGCUCGUCCAUCCAGACGGUGUGCCGCAGCGCCUUGCCCCUAGGCAAGAUCAUGGAUUACAUCCAGGAGGACAUGGACGCCAUGCAGAAUGAGCUGCACACCUGGAGGAGGGAGAACAAGGAACAUGGGCAGGCCCUGCUGCAUGAACAGAGAGUGAUGGACAGCGCGGUGGAGCCUCUGAAGGCCGAGCUAGCCGAGCUUGAGCAGCUGAUCAAGGAGCAGCAGGACAAGGUCUGCGCCGUCAAGUCCAACAUCCUGAAGAAUGAGGACAAGAUCCAGAAGAUGGUAACCAGCAUCAACUUCUCCUCACGAAUAUGAGGGGGAGCCAAGGUCCAAAUAAAGGAUUAUCAACCCUUAAAUAAGGACCGAGCGUUCAGGGUGAGCCUGGUUCUUAAUUAGUCUGGUGAAGUCCGAAAUGGAGGCCUCAACUGCACUUUUACACACACACCCACACUGACUGACUGGUUAGGGGGAGAGAGGGUUCGAAUUCAACCCCCCUAGGGAGGGAGAGAGACGCAUGUUAUUUUGCUAGUGCUCCAUCCACUUUUAAGGUGAUUGACUCACCUUUACUACACUGAACAAAAAUAUAAACGCAACAUGUAUAGUGUUGAAUCCCAUGUUUCAUUAAAUUAAAAUAUCCAUACGAACUAAUAGCUUGGUUCUCUCAAAUGUUAUGCACAAAUUUGUUUAGAUCCCUGUUAGUGUGCAUUUCUUCUUUUCUCCUCCAUUUCUCCAUCCACCUUACAGGUGUGGCAUAUCAAGAGGCUGAUUAAACAGCAUGAUUAUUACACAGGUGCACCUUGUGCUGUGGACAAUAAAUAGCCACUUUAAAAUGUGCAGGGUUGUCACACAACACAAUGCCACAAAUGUCUCUACUUUUAAGGGAGCGUGCAAUUGGCAUGCUGACUGCAGGAAUGUCCACCAGAGCUGUUGCCAGAGAAUUUAAUGUACAUUUCUCUACCAUAAUCUGCCUCUAACAUUUGACAGUUCUUCCAAACAGUCUCACAACUGCAGAACACGUGUAACCACGCCAGCCCAGGACCUGCACAUCUGGCUUCUUCACCUGCGGGAUUGUCUGAGGAGGGGUGGGAGGGGUGCUGAGAAGUAUUACUGUCUGUAAUAAAGCCUUUUUGUGGGGAAGAAUCAUUCUGAUUCGCUGGGCCUGGCUCCCCGAUGGGUGUGUCUAUGCCCCCUCAGUCCCACCCAUGGCUGCAACUCUGCCCAGUCAUAUGAAAUCCAUUAAUUAGGGGAUAAAGAAUUUCUUUCAAUUGACUUAUUUCCUUAUAUGAACUGUAACUUAGUCAAAUCUUUGAAAUUGUUACAUUUUGCGUUUAUAUUUUUGGUCCAUAUAGUUUUGUGUUUUUUGACAUUACAAUGUAUAUGCGUUGUGGGAAUUAAGGCUUGACAUUGGAGUUCUUUUACAGCUUCAAGCAAAGGGCACAUGGACCAAGCCAAUACCCUCCACAUCUACUUGAUAUACAUUUGAUACAGACAUCUGUCAUUUUUUAACAUGUCUGUCUAUUAACAAUUCUGUUUACCUGAAGCUUCUUCAAAGCCUGUACAAAGCAAUAGAUCUGAGGUUUGCUGAGGAGCUAGGGACGCCACGAGCAGAAGACAUGGCAGUCCUUUGACUCUUCCUUCUGUCAACCACUAUGCUUGUCCCAGAUCUGUUUGUGCGUUCUGGCCAAUGUCAGCAAGACAUCAAAACAGGCCUGGGAUCAGGCUAGUCGAGCACCACUGUGCUUUGAGAAAUUGGGUUAGUAUAGAACUGUGUCCACUCAUUGAAAGAGUAGCGUUGGAGUUAAAAGUAACAUGACACUUUCAUAGAUAAAAAAAAAAAA